AUGGCGUUCAUCUCUCUCACCAAACUUCUUCAAGAAUGUGAAGGAAACUCGAAAAUGGUUGAGGAUAAUAAUGUUUGGGAGUUGCUUGAGAGCGCUUGCCAGAGGUGGAGGACAAACCAUGAUUCAGACAGUGAGGAAAGAAAGUUGGAUUGGGACGAGUACUAUCUGGAUCGCGCAUUCGUUGAGGCCACCGAACUCAGAAAAGAAAAAUCCCUUUUUUGUCGAUCAGUCCUUCUGCCUCAUGUUGAGAAAGAGCUUGCGGAUUUCACGAACAAAUGGGAUGACUUCAAACGUAGGUGGGCUCGCCCGACGGAGCAGAUGAGACAUAAAUCCGAAGAAAGAGUCGGUUUGUUAGAAAGAUUGCGUGAUGCGGUUACUCGUGUGAAUAAUUAUGCAGAGGCUGAUGAGCUUAUUCGGGUGCUGCCACCACUCGGUUUUACCGCACACCGACUGCUGGAAACCAUACCCAUUGCAUUUCACGAAAGACGUUCAGUCUUGGAACUCGAUAUCUUGCGAGCGAUGAGUUCCAAGACUGGUCUUCCCUUGAAGUGUUUCCAGUCACCUUUGGAGCUGAGGACUAAGCUUGAGAAUGUGGGGCAGAGGUUAUCGGAGAGGUUAGUUGGAUUGGAUGAUUUGGUUGUCAAGAAGAUCGUGUCUGCUUUGUUGGCGCCGAAAAAAUCCUCAGCUUCUUUUUUCUUUCUGGGACGCCAUGGCUCUGGAAGGACGAAGCUCGCAAGAGCUCUUGCGGAGGAACACUUUGAUGACGAAGCCCAGAUUAUGAAAUUUGAUAUGUCCGAAUAUGGGGAUUCGGAU